UCCCCGCCGCCGCCGGCAGCAGCAGCAGCACCACCGCCGCCAUGGGCCCGCGCCGCUCCGCCGCCUCCUCCCGCGGCCGCCUCCUCCUGCCGCUGCUGCUGCUCGGCGUCUCUGGUUUUUUCCAGUCCUAUGCAGUUGAAGUAGAUAUAAAGGAUGCUUCUAAUGCUACAUGCCUGUAUGCAAAUUGGAUGAUGAGGUUCUUGAUAACAUAUGAAUCAAACAAUGGUGAUUAUAAAACCACAACCCUGAAUUUGUCAUCCAGUGCGACACACAAUGGAAGCGUCUGUGGCAAUGACACACAGGCUGCCCUUGUGGCAGUGCAGUUUGGAGAAGGUCAUUCUUGGAGCAUUAACAUCACAAAAAACAACGAAACUUACCAGGGAGACUUCAUGACACUGACCUACAACACCAAUGACACAGCUGUAUUUCCUGAUGCUAAGAGAAAAGGACCAGUUACUAUUUUUAUAAAGGAUCCUGCAGGUCCAGUUCAGCUGAACACUGUCUUCGUGUGUCACAAUUCCUUCGAUAUUGAAGCAGAAAAUAUUACACAGAUUUUCUGGAAUGUUACCCUGCAGGCUUUUGUUCAGAAUGGCACAGUCAGUAAAAAAGAGACUAGAUGUCCUGCUGAUAGACCUACUUCUGCACCUACUGUUCCACCUACUAGUGCCAAUGCAACUACUGCACCUACCACUGCUGCACCUCCUGCUCCAACUCCUCCCAAGCCUGUGGAGAAUCCAGACACAGGAAACUAUUCUCUUAAAAGUGGAAAUAAAACGUGUUUCCUGGCAACUGUGGGGCUGCAACUGAAUGUUUCUCAAGACAAGCCUCUUCUGAUCAACAUCAAUCCAAAGACAACUGUCGCAGAUGGUGCCUGUGGUAACACAACAGCCACUCUGAAAUUGAAUGAUGGAAAUAGCACACUGAUUGGUUUCACAUUUGCUGUUAAAAAUGCGAGUGCAAGUGUACAGAAAUUUUAUCUGAGGGAGGUGAAUGUUACUCUGCUCAACCGUCUGAAUGGUUCUGUCAUUUCAAGUGCAGAUAACAACAACUUAAGCAAGUGGGAUGCUUUCCUUGGUAGCUCUUACAUGUGCCGAAAAGAGCAGACCCUUCAGAUUAAUGAAAAUGUUCAAGUACAUACUUUUAAUCUUUGGAUUCAGCCAUUCCUUGUGGAGGCAAAUAAGUUUGCUACAGCCCAGGAGUGUUCGCUGGAUGAUGACAGCAUCCUAAUCCCAAUUGUAGUUGGUGCUGCACUUGCUGUCUUGAUUGCCAUUAUAGUGGUUGCUUACAUAAUUGGCAGAAGAAAAAGCUAUGCUGGAUAUCAAACUUUGUGAAUCUAAGUGUGAUUCCUGUUAUGAUUUCACUCUAAACAAAGCAAGUGCAAGUUCUGAAGUCCAAAAAAGACCCAAAACUUAGGAGUAAUUACUAGCCACAGCUAAUUGGAGUUGAGAAUAAAGGGAGAAUGUUUAUCUCAGAUGAAGCAGAAUUACACUUUGUUUUCCUGCCCUAAGAAGACCAUGUGGGUUUCAUAGCUGUUUUGAAGAUGUCAAAUCCUGGAUGAAUUGCUAGGCUAAGGAUUUUAUCUUGCAAAAGUCCUAAAGCAUUUAGGAUUUAUUUCUGCUUUUUACAAAUACUAGCCUGAAACAAUAACACGUUCUGAAACUGAUGUGCGUUGGGCAUCUCCCAGAUUAGCAUAGAAUUUGUACUUGCUUCUCUCCUCUGCGUUCCUUAGUUGUUGUUGUAAUUGUGGGUUAAGCUGGCAGCAUUAGUCACUCUGUUGACUUGUACAGUAUUUAACAAGGAUUGUCUAAUGCCCAAUAGCAACUUCGUUUUCCAUAGGAUUGAACUUCAGGCUGGUGAUUAAGUGAUCUCUGGAAGUGGCAGCAGUAACUUACUUGCCUUUGUUAGGAUUUCAGUAAUUUACUCCUGCCUUGGUGUGAUUUCAGGAAUCAUUCCUAUACCGUGGCUGUACAAACAAAAUGGGUAAUUUGCCAAAUGGUGAAUAUAUGGGAAGACUUCAGUGCCAUUUCCAGAUGCUUUCAAAAAAAAACCUGUUAGGCACUGAAUUCUUUACUAUACCUUGGUAAUCAUCUAAAAUACUCACCUAAGGCAGACUUCUGCUAAAUUAAUGCAAGCUUUUUUUUGCUGGCAUCAGUUUAAAGGGAAUAACCUUUCUAAAUAUUCCAGAACUUUAAAGUGCACUUAACUUCAUACCAUACUCUGCACAGAACUGGUCUGUCUUGUUGCUUUGAAUGACCUUGUUUAAAGAUGCUUUCAUUUAAUGAGCCAGUAUCUGUUGUUGCAGCUUGAGCUGUUUUUAAAUCUUCAUCUUGAAUGGUUCUCUGCCAGUCAAAGUUCACCUUGUAACUGCCCGCCAUUGGCACUCUGAAUGUUGAAUGUUUGUGUUGGGUUGUUUGCGGUGUAGCAUUUAUUGAUGUUAAGAAUGCAAAAGCCAAACAAGAGAUGGACCCACAACACCUGUUUUUCCUUGCUGUAUGAAAAGAAUAAGUAGGUUAAAAAAGUGCAGUGCAACUGGACUGUUCUUUAACUGCAGCUCUGUAGAGACUAACCCUUGAUGCACAACUUUGCUCUGGGCUCUUUGUGCAUAUUCUUACUGCAUGGGAAAAAAAAAAAAAAAGUCUUUUAGACUUUUAGAUAAUUGUGGCUUUUUUGCAUAUGUCAUAACAUGAGCUGCCUAAGCUAGUUAUUUAAUGAACAUAACAUUGUCUCCCCAUUUAGAAUGAGUUUAGCCUGCAUCAAAGCUUCUCUAGUGUUUUAUUAGUGUUCUCUAGGGUUGUAGAGAUGUCUGUGGCAUGUUUGUAUACAAAUCAUAAAAUACACUUCUUUCAGUAAUGGUUUGGUUUGGUUUUUUCUUUUGUAAAGACAGUUUACUCUUGACACUAGCCAAGGAAGCAUGUAUGGGUGGAUAAUGCUUACUAUAGCGUGUAGUCUACAGCUUGAAUUUUGCAUCAGUUACUGAAAUGCAUUUUAAUGAAAGUGGGGAACUGCUAUAAGUUUAAUCAUGAAACAAGCUUCAAGACAUACCAUUUUAAUUUUAAAAAAUGGAUCUAAUGACUUUCAUAUUAAUAUAUCCUCAAAUGCAGAAGUUCAUAUAGAUUUUUUAGCUUUUUUUUUUUUUUGUGAGUGAUGUUCAGUGGCACCAGUUAAACAUGCAUCUCUGUUAAGGAGUAAUCAUCACACUAUUCUUCUUACCUUGCAAAUUUUUGAACUGUACACAGUUUCCAAGUGAUAAAAUAGAAGAUUCAUGCAAACUUCUUCCUAAAAUCAGCACUAGAAAUACCAUUGCAAAAACCUGUAAGUACAUUGGCUCAGAGUUUUAAGUACUCCUAGACUGAUGUGCAGGUAACUGGUUCAAAAAACAUCAGUUUCACCUGACUUCCUGUUGUUAUAAAACCACUAGUUUUCCUGUAUGUAUUGCUCCAUAGGGAACUGUCAAUCUGUUUAACCUGUGCUCUAAAAAAAUAAAGAUUGUUCUAUUUCUUAAGGAAACUUGUUCACAUUUUUUAACUGAUUUGAAAACAGACGUCUUGUAUUGUCCUUUUUUAAAGAAAAUAAACUCAAUGAGUAAGGUGAACUCUAA